AGUCGAGUUGUGUGGAUUCGCUUCAGAGUUUUUACCUACCUAAAACAGUAAUUUUACUCAGCGUUGAUAGGUGCUUCCUCGGUUUGUCUUUGGAAUCAAACGCACGAGUGAGGUAGAAACAAUCAUCAACAACGAUGGCAUCCGCACAGAAUGAGCCACUUCUCAUUUCCAGUGAAGAAGCGAUGGAAAAUAUUCGCCGGCGAGUUCAACACAAGAUUGCAGGGAAAUACCUUGAAGUUUUGGACCCAGAUGCAUUAGUACCUGACAGUGAAAAAGAGGUUCCAGAUCACUCUAAACUCAGCACACAUUUUGAUGAGGAGACCCGACAAGAGUUUGAGGAAAGGUUUGGGAAAUACAGGAAAAAGACUGGGUCCAAGUACAACCUACAGAAUGUGUUAUGGUUUAUUGGAGCCAUAGCAAUUUUCUACUACACUGACUUUUACAUCGCCUGUAGAUAUGACCCAAGGGUCAGCAGAAAUUGGUUCAAUAUUGGUGCUAUCCUUAUUGUGAUAAAUGUGUGCAUAGCAAUGUUCUUCAUUGUCUGGCUGUCUGCUAUAAAGAAGAUUGAUGUGGAUGACUGGGAGAAACUCUAUCCGACUCUCAUUCCUAUAGCAACAGGGGCAUUUAUCAUGGGCGGCAUGUGUGUGACGGUGGGCCUGUGGCCCGUUUGGAGUUUCUUCACACCUUUAAUCCUGUUCACGCUGUUCAUGGGGUUUGUUGUGUUUAUUGCAAUGAUUCCGUGACAGCAGACUGAUGUUACCACUGUUAUCAAUCCUACUAGGGACUGUUACGUACAGUCAGUAUUGUGUUGAAAAAAGAAAUUUCUCUCACGAAAUGUAAAUGAAUCUUACACAACGUUAAGUUGUCAGGGAAAAUAUUACACUUCAGUUUCUCCAUCGAGAAGUGUUUUACAGCACACAGUUAAUUUUCUGAAAUGUGUAUUCAUAGAUAUAAUAGAUACUAUAUUUUAUCAUUUUUUAACUGUUUUCUUAAAGAGGUUUGUGAUUUUAAAAACUUAAUAGAAAAUGUUCUGUUAAAAUAAAUUUCAAUUGCAAAAUUCUAAGAACUUUUCAAUUUAGCAAGCCUCUGGCGACCUAAAAUGAAAAAUUUGUGACAAGUUUCAUAAAUUCCAUAUAAAAUGAAAACGAGUGUAAGAUCCUAUUUAUCACA